CUCGAUAACAACCACAUUCGGUUUCUUGCCUCAGGUUAACUUCAUACAUUCUGUCCUCGACUUCGAGGCCUGGCGCCUCAUCCGCUCUUUUUUGGCCUUUCGUGGUUUGCGUCAAAGCCUGAAUUUUCUAAGCCUGCGACCAACAUCCCAAAACAAUCGUCGGACUUAGCACUCUGUUAGACCAGCAAGAUGCCCUCCCUAACAACUUCCCUUCCCUUCUCACCGGCGGAACUCGCCUACCUGCAUACCUCGCUCUCCUCGAUUCCACCACUCCGGCCCGAUGCGAGACCAUUGGCGACCGACUUCCGGCCCCUCCGCGCCGAAACAGGUGUUUUACCUGCCGUCAACGGCUCUGCACAUGUCGGGUUCAGCGAUGGGCGCGAGGCGAUUGUUGGUGUGAAGUUGGAGGUCGAGAAGACCGUUACAAGCAAGCUAGUCGUGUCGAAGAGUGGGACUGAAGAUGGUGCCAUGGACAUGGACGACAAUGAGCAGUCACUUAAACUGGAGGGCACGAACGGAGUUCAAGAAAAAGAGCACGGCAAACGCGAAGGAGGUCGAUCGGAAUGGCUCACCCUGACCCUCACUCUUCCAGGCCUGAGGGACGAUGAUCCAAAUCUUGUCUUUCUGGAAGAAAUGCUCCGCGAACCACUGGCCAUCUCGGGUCUUCAGGACCAACUGGUCAUCAACCAUCGGUGGCACUGGCAUGUGUACGUCGACGUCCUGCUUGUUUCACCGCUUGGACUGGCGAGUUAUCCGUUACCCUUGCUGAGCAUGGCGGUGCACCUUGCACUCAGGGAUGCGAGGGUGCCCCGACUGAAGAGCGAGGGCGAAGAGGAUCCCGUGGCAGACGAUGAUUGGAUGGCGAGUGCGUUUCUGUACGGCCCAGCUGCCAAGAGACCGCCUGUAACGCUGCUUGUGGUGGUAGUGGGUGAGAACGCGAUUUUCGAUCCGAGCAGGGAGGAGUUGGCGGUUGCGGAUGGGGUUGUUGCUGUUAGUGUGGGAAGUACAGCGGCCUCAGGAGAAGAGACAAAGGAAAAGAGUGCAAAGGAGAACGAAGAAGAAGAGGAGUACAAGAUCUUGGCAGUCCGGAUGAUCGAUACGCCCGCGAGAGAUACGAUGAGAGGAGUGCCAAUGUCUAACGAGGGAGGGGAGGGCGUGGAUGUUCCUGGAGUAUGGAAACCGAGGGUCGGUGGGAUCAAGAGAGGUGUGCUGAAGACUGUGGCCAAAAUUGUGAUUCAAGGUGGUGUGGCGAGGGACGUUAUGGCCGGCCUCGAUGGCUUCCUUGAUGUCGAAACAAAUGGUGCGACUUCAUAAGGGAGAUGCUCUGGGAACGGCCCCGUGACAUGUACGACUACUUUUCCAGGCGAUUCGACACGAAUGGUCUCCAUCAUUGACAUUGGAUGGCAACGGCCACACAACGAUCUGGCAACGAUUGCAUUUCUAGUCUCAUCAAGCUGCUCGCUGUGUCGAAUGAGUACAAGACAACGCAGUCAGCCAUCUACAAGCUUACUAUUUUGAACCUGCGAAACGGUCUGUUACGCCGAGCUGGCAUGGGAGCGUAAGGGAGCAAGAUCAAGCCAUCCUCACAAACUGUGCGUGGAUCAUCACCACCUCAGGAAAGUAGACAGGGGCGCGGAAAUCUCCGGUCUUGUGAGAUGUCGACAGUCUGCCCAGCAGUAUCACGCGUCCACGGUCACGGAACGGUACGGGGCCAGAUGCUAUCCAGGAUGGCUUGCGGGUGGCCCAUGGCAUAUUGUCACUAUAGACGGCUACAAACAGAAACAUCAACGGCUUGUUGUCGUCCCGACUGUCUUUCAUAGGAUAGGUCAUGCCGCUUGAAGUGCACCAAAAAAAGGAAUGUCUGGACUGGGUACCGAAAGGAAUACAGGCAAAGCUAGGAUAAGUCCCCCCAACGAGGACCACCAAGUGGUUGUUCAAUGGGAUACAGGAUACACUGGACCGUCACUUCUGGAUUGUCUAUGAGGUCUGGAUCAAGCGGUUGCAGCCCUUCUUGAUGGGAAGGCAAGCCUGCAUAGGAGAUCGAAGCUGGAAGAAAACUGGCAAGAAAGAUCUUAACUACAUUCAAGUUCCACGAAGCACCACCGACCAGUCCCCGAGUCCAUAAGGCGGAAUGAUGUCGACAACUACCGCUCCGCAGCGCCAUGCUCUGAAGAUGCCAGCCUUGAGCAGCAUCUAAGCUGACACUGAGACUACGGCGAGCAGGAAGUUAUUUCACUCAGAUGGACAGCCACUUCAGGCGGCGAAAGUUGUCAACUCAUGACACGGACGUAAAUGAAGCACCUGUAGCAGGAGGACGGCAAGAGGUAUUGCAAUCCGGUGGCACAAUUUUGUUGAUAUUUUUGCAAAUAGCAAGAGGCUGCUCUCGCUCAAUUUUCUUGUUUGUGUCGACUAAAGUACAUGC